GACAAUGGUCAUCUACUAUAAAAAGGAAAAUUCUUGAUUCAAAGUUCCUGGUUUUGCAAUUUUUUUUGAAUUAUGAAAAAGUUAGCGUUAUUCGUUCUAUUCCUUACUUUCUUCGAAACAUACGCCCAAUGGGGUUGGGGACCACCAUCACCAUGGGGAUUUAGACCUUCUCCGUUCUUUGGUGGACGAUCUGGAGGAUGGGGAAGACCCGGAUGGGGCGGAGGUGGUCCUGGAUGGGGACGAGGAGGCGGUGGAAGCGGAUGGGGAGGUGGCCGAGGUGGAGGAUGGGGAAAUAACGGAGGCGGUGGAAACUGGGGAGGUAAUGGAGGAGGUGGAAACGGAGGAGGAGGACGAGGAGGAGGAGGUGGAGGCGGUGGAGGACGUGGUGGAGGAGGAGGCGGUAGAGGUGGAGGCGGAGGAGGAGGAGGCGGCAGAGGUGGAGGUGGAGGUGGACGAGGCGGCGGAGGUCGUGGACGUGGAUAGAUAAUUAAAAAUUGACCACAUUUUCAAUGAAGAUGUUUAGUAAAAUUGUA